UCCACCGCCCAGCAAAGUCUGGCUGCUUCUGGCAGUGUCCGGGGCGCUGCCCCUGCAACAUAUAAGGCGGCAGCUCCGAGGGCGGCGGCAGAUCAGAGACUGAAGUUCGCCACUUCACACCGGCCGCUGUGAGAGAAGUGACACAAGAGGCAGAGACGAUGCUGAGCUGUCGGACUUUCCUCCCUCGCCGCCUGUGCCAGCAGCCUGUGCACACACUGUGGCCCCUUCCACUCACUGUCUAUGAGCCGCUCGGAUGCACCGCGUGGAAACAGGUGGAGGGAGCGAGAAGGAGCAGCAGCUUCAUGGAGCGAGUUGCGGACGAGCUGGCCAAAGAGUUCUGGGGGGACGGAGCAAGAAUUCGAAGGCAGGGAGCCGCUGCCGAUGGAGGUCAGAGCGGGACGGUGGGCGAGAGUGGAGAUGGCUUCUCUCUGUCCCUGGAGGUGCCGCGAUUCUCCCCGGAAGAACUGAAGGUGAAAGUUGUGGGAAGAAAAGUGCUGGUGACAGGAAAACACGAGAAGAAGAGCGAUGACGGCAGCGGCUCCUACAGCUACACACGUGAAGAGUUCAGGAGGGAAUUCCAGCUGCCGGAAGACGUCGAUGCUCAGGCUGUGAACUGCUGUUUGUCCCAGGACGGUCGGUUAAAGGUUGAAGCCCCGCGCCUGGCGCUGCCGCCUGUGGAUGAGCGAACCGUCCCCAUCGACAUCGCCUCUGGUACAACAUCCAGUCCCCGGUUACAUCCCGGGGAAGAGGCACAGGAACGGGGGAGUGGACGGGUCGGCGAAAUCAGGUCAGAGGCAAAACAACACUGAAGAUUCCUGUUACUCGUGCACAAAGAACGUUUCUCGCAGAUCACAGAGAGAAUGUUUACAGUGGAAGUAAACUUCAUGGAAUAUUCUGCAAAUUCGGAAUGCAAAUUUGUGUGAAUAUGUUUUAUACGUCAAUUUUGAACUGAUGGACCUAAAGUAUAACUCUUUGACUGUGAUCUGAAUGGUGUAUGUUGACUUAGUCUGUUUAUAAAAAACGGACAUUGCUACUUCAGUU